AUGUCGGGAACGGGCCCAAGGCUCAAUAUCUUUCCUACACGCAUGGCAUUAACGACUAUGAAAACGAAAUUGAAGGGAGCGCAGACAGGUCAUAGUUUGUUAAAGCGAAAAAGUGAAGCGCUUACAAAGAGGUUUCGAGCCAUAGUUCAGAAAAUUAAUGACGCCAAGUUAAAAAUGGCAAAGGUCAUGCAAGCUGCUUCGUUUUCUCUCACAGAAGUGACUUACAUUACUGGAGACAUUAGUUAUCAGGUCCAGGAAAGUGCAAAAACUGCUCAAUUCCGAGUACGAAGUAAACAGGAAAAUGUAUCCGGUGUUAUGUUACCUGCCUUCGAGUGUUAUUCUGAAGGAAGUAAUGCAUUUGAGUUGACUGGUCUUGGUCGUGGUGGUCAGCAAGUUCAAAAAUGCAAAGAAACGUAUAUUAAAGCAGUGGAGAUGUUAGUAGAGUUGGCUUCCUUACAGACAGCGUUUGUAAUAUUAGACGAAGUCAUUAAAGUAACAAACCGUCGCGUGAACGCUAUCGAGUACGUGAUUAUACCAAAGAUAGAGAAUACAAUCAAGUAUAUUAUGUCAGAAUUAGAUGAGCAGGAUCGUGAAGAAUUCUUCCGAUUAAAGAAGGUCCAGGGUAAAAAAAAGAAAGAUGCAGCUUCCGCCGAAGAAGCAAAGAAACUUUUAAUGGAACAAGCAGUUGAAGUGGGUCAGCAUCCAGAGGAAUAUGAGAAUCAAGUAGCAGAUGUGUUUAAAGAAACAGAGGAUGAGGACGUUAUAUUCUAG